AAGUCAAACGCAUACACACACACACACACAACGACCGCAGUACAGCGAAUACUGAAUAGAAGGAAGAUUCGCUUUGUUUUCGUUUAACCUGACAAAAGUGUUUGAUACGGAACGUUGAUAAGAGUGCAAAACGUGAUACUGUACUUUGGAUAGGAACAUUAGAAAUAGAAAAUUCUGUUGAGUGAACCAAGGCAGACGUGUAUAUUGCACAAUGAAGGAUAUUGAGAGCUGCUUAAGAACCGAUGAAAGCAUCACAUCGUCUGCUACAGAUAUUGCAAAUGAUAUCGUUGGCAAGAAGCUUGAUCUGACUGGGUUCGUCGAAGCAUUGGGCCCAUUUUUAACAUCAACCGAUGUGGAUGUUCGUGCAAAAGCGAUGCGUUUACUAUCAUCGACUUUAGUUAAUCUACCACCAGAUCUUUUGAAUCCAGUUCAGCUGAACUUCAUAUCGACAUUCUAUUGCGAUCGUUUGAAGGAUCAUCACUCGGUGGUGCCAAACACACUUACGGGUGUUGAAGCACUCAUCAAAAUGAGUAAUUUGCCAGAUGAAUGUGCUGCACGAUUGCUACAAGCCAUUUUCCAAAAUGUUCCGUGUCAAAGUCAAGUGCGUGACGAUCGCACGAAAAUUUUCAACAUUAUCUCGGGACUGUGUAAAACCAAAACAAAAGAACUACAAAAUAUGGGUCCAGAUUUCGUGUACGGUUUUAUCAAUGCAAUGGAUGGUGAACGAGAUCCACGUAUCUUGUUAUUUCUGUACGAUUUCAUUCCGGGUUUCUUGGAAACAUUUCAAUUGGGCCAUUUAAAUGAAGAAGCAUUCGAAGUGAUCGCCUGCUAUUUUCCAAUUGAUUUCAAUCCAUCGCCAAAUGAUACCGGCGUCAUUUCUCGCGAUCAAUUGGCGGAAAAAUUGGCCGAUUGUCUUUGUUCAAACGAAUCAUUUGCAGAAGAUUGCAUCAAUUUGUUGGUCGAAAAGAUGGAGAGUCAGUUGAGUGUUGCCAAACUGGAUUCAUUGUACUUAUUGUCAAAGGCUUCACAAAAAUUCCCUCCAGCACAGAUUGAAAAGCAAUUUCCGGACAUUUGGAAGGCGUUAAAGGUUGAAUUGUUGCCGGGAAGCAGCAAAGCGAUAACUGUGGCAACACUCGAUGCAUUGCAAGUGUUGUUGGUUAGCUUGAGCAAGGAUGAAACGGUCAUCACUAAUGUACUCACAGUGAUUCUCGCAGCCAUACUACCGUCGUUGUCCGAUGUGAACAGCCGAAUGUUUGCCCCGUCAGCGGCCAUCGCUUUGAAAUGUGUUGAAACUAGCAAGGUAUCUGCUAAAAUUGUCACCUUGAAAUGUCUUCCGGCAUUUUUACUGCAAAUCAAUCACGGUAAUACCGAUCAACAAGUACAAAGAGGCACAUUGAUCGAACUCUCUGCCCAGCUGAUUGCAACGUGCAUCGAAAAUGAAGUGGUCAACGAAAUCGACGAGAAACUAUUGGAAACGGCACAAUUCGAAUUCAUCAAUUGUUUGGUGCCAAAAACCGUAGACAGUGAAAAAUUAAUCAAAAUUGGGUUGCAAGCACUUGCCAUCACUGCACCAAUCAUCGUUGACUCGAAUCGUACUCUCAUCUAUCGCGCCGUCAAUUCGUACUUGCUGGAGGCAAAUGCGAUCAGUACAACUCCCAUUGAUUGCAGCAUCGUUCUAAGCUCAUUCGCCGCUCGCUAUCCAGAUGAGGUGUCCACUGAGAUUGUGAAUCAAAUCCUGAAUAUCGAUUACAUUGCCGAGAAACUGACUCUAGAUGCCAUUGCUGAAUUAUUUGAAAAUUUAUGCUGUUUGAUUGCAAUUCGAAAAUUCCGUGAAGAGAUUCUACAAUUUCUGUUUCACAAUAUAUUCGAACAGAAUGCCUCGAAAAUCGAACUACGCAAUCAGAUUCGAUUGAUUGGCGUUCGUGUGUUGCGACACAUUCUCGACGAUGACAAAAAUGAGCAACUUCACGAGGAAAUGUACACGCGUUACAAUAUUUUCGAUCGUUUCCUCGAAUUGAUACACUCAAAGCAAUUGGAUGAAACGAACGCCGACAAACUCACCGGUGCCGAUGACUUUCUGUAUGAAAUGUCGCAAAUUUUGCGCAUCGUCGUCAAAGCCUUGGAUGUGGAGACGCAGAAACAACUCGUUGAAAAAUACCUAAAGUCGAUUAAUUUACAGUUGAAAUGUGAUUUGUAUUAUGCAUUGGGAUUGCUCGGGUACUUGGAACAGUCGGUCGAUUUGGAAAAUCAUUUUGAGAAACUCGUCGAUGAACUCACGCAAUUGUCACUGAAAACGGAUGACGAAGAUGUUACGAAAAUCAGCAAUCAAUUGCUGUGCAGCCUAUUCAACAAGUGCCCGGAUAAUGCACACCACAAGAGCAUACUGAAAAAGAUCAUCAAUUUGAUUAAAGACGAACUAAAGAAGCACAACAAGAAGGCUGUUGAAGUGUUGUCAUGGUUGUCAAAAGGUCUCCUGACUCGUGGUCACACUGAAGCAUCGGAACUCAUUGAUACGUUGAUUGAAUUGCUCGAGCAUCCAACCCUUUCGGAAGCCGCCGUGGCUGCGUUUGAUGUUCUCUCCAUUGAAUUCCCGCAACUGCAUUUGCCGCAAGUGAAGCACUUUUUCAAACAGAAAUUCUUCCAAAUUUGCUUGAAAGGACUGUGGCACAAACUCGAAACGUACUCAGAAAAGCAUUUAUCGGCAUUUGUCUUUGUGCUCAAGAUGACACCGCAUCAAGUGCUCAAGAAUGAGCUACAAAAGAUUGGUCCAGUUUUGCUGAAUUGCCUCAAUUUGAAGAGCACGAAAUCCGUCUCGACAGCCUUGACCAUUGUAAAACGUUUCAUAAUUGAAAAAAAUGAGUUCUUCCGGGAUCAUUUGCAAAAUUUGAUUCCACAAUGCAUCAAAUUGACGACAUGCAAAGACUCAAUGAAUAUUCGCAUUGAGGCAAUUGAUAUUCUGUCAGCAAUUACACAAUAUCCAACGUUCAUCGUUCUGCCGUUUGCCCAGGAUGUUUUGUUUGGCCUGCAGCCGGCUUUAGACGAUCACAAGCGUUUGGUUCGAAAUGCUGCUGUUGUAGCACGCAACAAAUGGUUUUUAGUUGGAGCCGAAGAAUAGAUAUUUUUAGCAACAAACAAUACCAAUAAUAACUUUUUGCCAAAAAAAAUGGUUCUUCAACUAUUUUAACCCUUCCUAAAGUAACCAGAUACGGCAAAUGCUGUAACUACGAUACCACUUAAUAUUUAUUGCAUACUUGUUUGGAAAAAAAAAUGUAGGAAAUUGAAGCAGCUUUCGUUUGAUACCUUACUCGUAUCAAUUUGUCAGCUGUAUCGAAAGUUUUUUUUGUUGAAAUGCAGUAUGCUGUUCAUGCUGUAGAAAAAUGCGAAAUUUUAGCAGAAUUCCUAAUUUUUCUUCCUCUCAUCUAAUGGGUUUUUACGUUCGUUUCAUUGUUAAAUUAAGAUUCAUAGGACAAAAACACAUCAAUUUAACUUUGUGCAUCAUUAGUUUUACGAAAUUUAUUUUUUUUAGGCUGUUACAGCAAUUUGACAUUUUUGUCUCUUUUCCGAUUUCCUCAAUAAAUACCCAAUUUUUCAAAAAUCUAA